GAAAAGUAGUUCAAAGGUGAAGUUAGUUUAGGCUGUCAAAAGAUUCGGAACCCCGUUUGGGAUCUAGUUCCAAAAACCGACUGUUUGCAUCAAAAACAUUUAACAGCAAAGGAGGGUUACUAUUUCUACGAAAAAACGACUUGCAGACAGUUUGCAGCGAGUGUGCUCGUUAGGACAUUCCUCCGAGGAUUGCAUGGGGGGGUUAACCGAGAUUAGUUCUUUUAUGCUUUUUCACGUGAAAGAGCCUUUAUAAGGGGAAAGUUGGGAGGAGACGGUUGGUCAACAGGCAGCGAAGUGAACGCCGUGUGUUUUGUGCGAAGUUUGGUUUGGACGUCCAAAGAUGGGAGCGUAUACUUUACCGGAUGGAUUCACGGACUUUGACAUGUUUUCCUUUGGCUCUGCACUUCUUGUUGGGGGUUUGCUGGGGUUCUUCCUCAAUGCCAUCAGCAUCCUGGCCUUCAUCACUGUGAAGGAGAUGCGAACACCCAGCAACUUCUUUGUGUUCAAUCUAGCGCUGGCCGACCUCAGUUUGAACAUAAAUGGACUCACAGCUGCCUAUGCCAGCUAUCUCAGGUACUGGCCUUUUGGUCAAGAUGGUUGUGACUUUCACGGUUUUCAGGGGAUGAUUUCGGUGCUGGCCUCCAUCAGUUUCAUGGCUGCGGUCGCGUGGGACAGAUACCACCAGUACUGCACCAGGCAGAAGCUGUUCUGGAGCACGACUGUAGUGAUGAGCGGCAUCAUUUGGGCUCUCUCCAUCUUCUGGGCUGCUGUUCCUCUCAUGGGAUGGGGUGUCUAUGACUUUGAGCCUAUGAGGACAUGCUGCACACUGGACUACACAAGAGGGGACAGGGACUAUAUCACCUACAUGCUAACUCUGACGGUGCUCUACCUGAUGUUCCCAGCUGUCACCAUGUUCUCGUGUUAUGAUGCCAUCAACAAGCAUUUUAAGAAGAUCCACUACUACAGGUUCAACACCAAUCUGCCGUUGAGGGUGAUGCUGAUGUGCUGGGGCCCGUACGUCCUCAUGUGUAUCUAUGCCUGCUUCGAGAAUGUGAAAGUCGUCUCUCCAAAGCUACGAAUGGUGCUGCCAGUCAUUGCAAAGACAAAUCCCUUCUUCAAUGCACUUCUCUACUCAUUUGGAAAUGAGUUUUACAGAGGGGGUGUUUGGCACUUCCUCACUGGACAGAAGAUUGUAGAGCCUGACAUUAAAAACAAGUUGAAAUAAAAGAAAACCUCAGUGUUUCAUGUCAAAAAAUCCAAAAUAGUCAUGAUAGGUGCCUCAUGUUAAUGUACUAAGAUGUUGUUAAGGAAACAGCACUUUUCACCUUGCUACAGCAGGAAAUGAAACUCUGUCCGGGGCUGCCACACAUCAUUAAUGGAAUUUAAAAAUCUUUUUUCCCAGUGACAUCCUUUCCUCUGUCCACAUAACCCUCGCAAUAAACAAAUGCUGCUGGUCGUCUGUUGAGUGCUUUAUUUUCAAACCCUUCUAAGGGAUAAAAAAGCCAAAUUAUAGGUGAUUGUGCAUUUUCCUCAGAUGCCCCCACAUGAGACGUCGGUCCCAAGCAAUUACUAAACUGCUUAAACAAUUGCGCUGUUGUUCUAUAGACUGCUUGCGGUGAUGUAACUUCUAUUUAGGGAAAGGGAGAACUUAGUGUGUUAAGACUCCAUUAUGCAAUUAUGCUACACCUGCGGUAGCCUGAUUGCUAUUCUUGCCGCUGUUGUUUAUUUGUUUAUUGAGAAUCCUUUGCUGUUAAAUAAAU